AUGGGCGUCACCUACUACAAGCGUUACCGAAUGGAGGCCGACCUCCGCCGUGAUUGGCGGCGGCCGACGCUGCCGCACGGCUAUCGCUACGCCCCCUGGUCGGCCGACCAGCUGCUGGAGCACGCCGAGGCGAAGUUCCACGCCUUCCAAGGCGAGAUCGACGCGGGCGUCUUCCCAUGCCUAUCGGACGAGGACGGCUGCUUACGGCUCAUGGAAGAAAUCGCCAGCAAGCCCGGCUUCCUGCCUGAGGCGACGUGGCUGGUUGAGUUCCACGACGCGCCCGGCCCGCCCGAGCCCGUCGGCACGAUCCAGGGCAUCCGGAUCACGCCGCGCUACGGCAGUAUCCAGAACGUCGGCGUCACCCCCUGGGCGCGGAGCCGCGGCAUCGGUCGGGCGCUGGUGAUCGCGGCCCUCGAGGGCUUCCGCGACGUGGGUCUGCAGCGGGCGACGCUCGACGUCACCGCCACCAACGCCCCCGCCGUGCAGAUGUACCUGUCGCUUGGGUUCCAGCGCGUCAGCACCAGCAGCGACGCUUGUGGCUCAACGACUGCUGUGCACUGGCAUCGGCUUUGCGUUGCUAAGCACGUUUCGGCUUUGAUUGCUGAUAGCAAUCCCCGGCGUGAUGCGAACGAGCGUUCCUUUCCGAAAGACAAGUCGCCCAUGUACGAAUCCGAGUUCCCCCUCUGGGAGGUCGCCGCCCGCUUAGCCGCGGCACUGGUGGGUGGCGCGCUGUUGGGCAUCGAGCGCGAGGCGAAGCACAAGCCCGCCGGCCUACGCACCAACAUGCUGGUCAGCGUCGGGGCGGCCGCAGUGAUGUUGUUGACGCUCGACUUGUGCCGGGAGGUCGCCGAGUUUGCGAUGGAUUCCGAUGUCUCGAAGACACACGUCCCCAACCUCGAUCCGCUCCGCACCGUGGCGGGGGUUAUCGGCGGCAUCGGCUUUCUAGGCGCGGGCUCGAUAUUCAAGUCGCAAGGUGACGUCGAGGGCAUCACCACCGCCGCGGCGAUCUGGACAUCCGGGGCAAUCGGGCUCGCUUGCGGAGCGGGGCGGUUUGAGAUCGCGGCGGCGACCGUUGUGCUGGCUCUCGUGAUCCUCGCCGUCGUCGAUGGCGUCACCCAUGUUGGUUGGUGCGACGCCUGUGGCCAACUGGCCGCGGUGGACCGAGACUCGAGCAACUGCCUCGCCUGUGGCGUUGGCGUGACGCCCUGCGCGAAUCGCUCGGCUUACUCCGUGUGCAAUGGGAUGAUCGCGACGGGCGCCGGCCCGCUCUGUCGCCGCUGCGUGACGACGACGCUGGUUCCCGACUUAAGCGACCCGGCGAACGUUGAACGCUGGGGCGUCCUCGAAGCGGGCAAACGCCGCCUGCUCUACGGUCUCGACGCCAUCGGUCUCGGCGAGGCCUGGCGCGAGGGCGAGCCGCCGUUGCGGUUCAAGUUCGCCGCCGACCAGGGCGACGAGAAGACCCUCACCGGUCACGCCGACGGCGUCAUCACGAUCAACCUCAAAGAAGCGGACCCGGUCCACCGCGAGAUCGCCCGCCAGGAGUUUGGCGAGCCGCAGCGGACCGUCAUCGGCCACCUGCGGCACGAGUUCGGCCACUACCUGCAGAAGCGGCUCUUCGGCGAUGAGCCCGGCCCCGAAGUCACCGCCCUCUUCGGCGACCCUGCGCAGCUCGACUACAGCGAAGCGCUGGAGCGUUACUACGAGAACGGCCCGCCUAAGGAUUGGCGAGACCGGCACAUCAGCGCCUACGCGUCGGCCCACCCGUGGGAAGACUUUGCCGAGACCGCGUCGUUCUAUCUCGACAUGCAGGCGGUGCUCGACACGCUGGCGGCCCAUGGCGUGAUUGUCACCGAAGUUCCCGCGGACUUCGACGCGGCGAUCGCCUCCUAUCAAGAGGCCGCAUUAAGGCUCAACGAAGUCAACCGCGCGAUGGGACUAACCGACCUCGUGCCCUACAUCGUCCCGCCGCCGGUGGUUGAGAAGUUGCGGCUGAUCGACAACGGCGUCCGCGCCGCGGCCGGGAGAUAG